AUGUACGUCAACUGCGACGAUAUUGAGGCCAAGGCCGGCAUCAGCCACGAGCAGUUCUCCAAGUGGAACCCUUAUAUCAAUGACAAGCGCUCCAACCUCUGGAUGGACUACUUCGUCUGCGUCCACGUCCCUGGCGCCGAGACCACUCCCCCCGGCCCCAAGCCCACCGACGAUGGCCACUCUCCCAUCCAGCCCGGCAUCGCGAAGAAUUGCGACAAGUACCACAAGAUUGUCGCUGGCGACCAGUGCGACGCCAUUGAGUCCAACAAAAUCACCCACGAGCAGUUCCGCAAGUGGAACCCUGCUAUCGAUGGCAAGUGCUCCAACCUCUUGCUGGACUACUACGUCUGUGUCCACGUUCCCGGUGCUCCUAGCACUCAUGGCCCUCAGCCCCAGAUGUCCAACCUCGCCGAACUGCAAGAAGUACCACAAGGCAUCACCCUCAACCAGUUCCGCAGGUGGAACCCCACGGUCGAUGCCAAGUGCAGCAAUCUCUGGGCCGGCUACUACGUCUGCGUUGGCGUCUAA